AUGAAUGGUCUUAAUGAGAGAUUGAAAGCUGACUCCCAAGUAUCAUUAUCUGCCCUUAAGUAUGAGCUUGCCAUACACCCACGGUUUCCUCAUCCCGUGUACUCUUCACUAAGAUUGAAAGCUGAUUCCAAGUAUCAUUAUCUGCCCUCAAGUUUGAAACCCAUACACCCACGGUUUUCUUCAAGGAUACUGGUCAUGGAAACCAACACUAAUGAACCCUUUGUCCAAACACCAGCUGCUACAGAAGAUGAUAUUCCCACCCAAGUUGAGGAUUCUGCUGCUACCCAAGCUGCUUCCCAAGCUAAAGCAGCUGCUGCUUCUGAGUUGCCCCCAGUUCCACCAUGCCAAGUGAGUAUGACAGCUCCUGUUAGUGGUAGUUGUAGUGGUAGGAAAAAGUCUGUUGUUUGGGGUCACUUUGAAAAAGUAAAGAUAGGUGAGGAUGAUACUAGUAAGACUAAGGCUAUUUGUAAUUAUUGUCAAAAAUCUUAUAAUGCUGAUAGUAAGAGUUGUGGUACCAGUAAUUUGUUAGCUCAUGUGCCAAUAUGUCCCAAGAACCCUAAUAGAGAAGAUGUAGUUAAAGGGCAGAAAACAUUAGCUUUUGUACCCAAAAAGGAUGGAGAAGACGGAUUGCACCUUGUGUCAACAUCCUUUUCUAUUGAGGCUUCUAGAAAGGCAUUGGCUGAAAUGGUUAUAAUUGAUGAGUUGCCUUUUAGGUAUGUCGAGGGGUAUGGGUUUAAGAAAUUUGUUAGUACCUUGCAACCUAAGCUUAGAUUAAAGGAUAUCCCAUCUCGUCAAACUGUGGUUAGGGAUGUGAUUGGCAUUUAUAAUAGUGAGAGAGAGAAGCUAAGGAAAUCCUUGAAGGGUUGUAGGGUGUGUCUCACUACGAACACAUGGACUUCUAUUCAAAAUUUAAAUUAUAUGUGUCUGACUUGUCACUUUAUUGAUGAUGCUUGGAAAUUGCAUAAGAGAAUUCUAAAUUUUUGUAAAGUUGAAGACCACAAGGGGGAGACUAUAGGUAGAAAGAUUGAGAUGUCGUUGCGUGAGUGGGGUAUUGAUGGGAUAUUCACCUUGAUAGUAGAUAAUGCUAGCUCAAAUUUAACAACAAUUAAAUUUUUGCAAAGGGUGACUAAAGAUUGGAAUGGGGCAGUUUUAGGAAAUGAGUACAUGCACAUGAGGUGUCGUGCCCAUAUCCUAAAUCUCAUUGUGGGGGAGGGUUUAAAAGAGAUAGAUGCAUCUGUUGCUAAGGUGCGUGAAGCUGUGAGGUAUGUGAAGUCCUCACCCAAUAGAAGUCAAACUUUUAAGAGUUUUAUGGAGAGGUUAGGUAUGGAGUCCAAGAGUCUUCUCAGUCUAGAUGUACCUACUAGGUGGAACUCGACCUAUAUCAUGUUAGAAACUGCUGAAAAAUUUGAGAAAGUGUUUUUCCGAAUGGAUUUUGAAGAUGAUGGUUAUUUGUCGUACUUUAGGACCAAGGAAGAUAGUGGUGGUUUGGGGUCUCCAUGUAUGAUUGAUUUCCAAAAUUGUAGGGUGUUUGUGACUUUCUUAAGGCUGUUUUAUAAUGCAACAAAGAAAUUUUCUGGUUCAUUGUAUGUUACUUCAAAUGCCUUCUAUGAUGAGAUCUUUGUUAUUCAGGAGAGUAUUUCCAAUUUAGUUAAAUCCCAAAACACUCUCUUGAAAAGCACAGCCACAAACAUGCAAACUAAGUUUGAGAAGUAUUGGGGGGAAGGGGAGAAAAUUAAUCCUCUUUUGUAUGUGGCUGUGGUCUUUGAUCCACGAAAAAAAUUGAGGUUUUUGAAGUUUUCAUUUUUUGAAAUUUAUGGGAAUGCAGUUGCUGAAGUGAUGGUUGAUAAGGUGAAAGACCUUUUGUUUAAGUUGCAUAAUUUUUACAAUUGUAUUCAUUCACCAAAUGUGCAAGAUCAAAGUGGGAGUGAGAGGACAGAAUUGGAAACUGAUGCUAGUGAUCCAUAUGUUAUGGUUCACUCGCGAUAUGAGCGUUUUUUCCAAGUUGAGCAAUCUGUAGGUUGUAGUAAUGAGCUUGAGAGGUACCAAGUGUUGUUUAAAGUAGUUAAGGAUGUGCUGGCUGUGCCAGUUUCCACUGUUGCAUCUGAGUCAGCAUUUAGCACUGGAGGUCAAAUUGUUGAUCCAUUUCGAAGUGCAUUAUCUCCUCUCAUGGUUCAAAACCUUGUAUGUUCACAAAAUUGGCUUCAAGCCACAGUUCCAAUUUCUCAUCGCCAAUCAAGGGAUGAUGUUGAGGCAUUGGAGGAGGAGUUACUUGACUUAGGAUAUAUGGGUGUUGAGCAGUUUACUGCCUAG